CCACCACCACCAGCACCACCACCAGCAGCACCAGCACCACCACCAGCAGCAGCACCAGCAGCAGCAGCGUCGUCCCACUCAUCCUCGCCGUCCGAUGCUCCGGAGCUGAGCUGCCGUUGUUUGCCUACAAAAUGGAUGCACCUCAUUUAAAGGCCCUGCUGCCACCGGCGCCAGCGUCAACCGCACCGUCGGCGUCCCAGCAGCUCCUGCCGGACGGGCCGUGCUGCCCGGUGUGCCUCGACCCCUUCGGACGCCGCCUGCGACCGGUGCCGCUCGCGCCGUGCGGCCACGCUCUCUGCCGUGGGUGUAGCCGGCGGCUGCUGGCGUCCCCGUCGCCCACGGGUCGCCCGCCUCCGCCUCCUCCUCCUCCUCCGCCUCCUCCGCCUCCUCCUCCGCCUCCUCCUCCUCCUCCGCCGCCGUCGCUGCGCUGCCCGCUGUGCCGGCAGCUGUGCGUGCUGCCCCCCGAGCCCCCGGCGCCGCCUCCGCCGCACCUGGUCGUGGUGCUGCCGGUAGACGCGGGCGGCGCGGGCGGAAGGCCGUCGGGGGCCGGGGACUCUGCUCCCCAGGGCGACGGCCCCGACGGCUUCCCCCCGGAUCCGGCGGGGGCGUGGGCGUGGGGGAGCGCCUGCCGCCGCGGCGACGGCGGCGGGAGGUGGACCGGGAAGGGAAGCGGCGCGCGCUUGUCGGCCGCGGCGGCGCGGGGCUCCGGCGGCGGUGGGGACUACGGGUCGGGCGGAGACGGCGGCGGCGGCGCUCUGCUCAUGGUUGAGAUAAACUCAGGAUAA